AUGGCACAUUUUCCUGGUGGAGCGUACUCUGAUCCCGGUGGCUUCGGUACUCAAAGUACUACUUGGCAGGGCGGUCAGCCCCCGAACGUUGCUCUGCGUCUCUCUCAAGGUUACUCUUAUUUGCCUUACGAAAACCAUGGUGGAGGGAAUAACGACUUCUCCGACAAUGACGACCAACAUGACGAAGAUCAUACUCCCCAUGGAGCUGGUGUUCGGAAGCGGUUUGCCUGCCCCUUCUACAAGUGGGACCCGGACAAGUACCAGUCGUGCGAGCAUUACAAACUGACGAACUGGUAUAACACCCAUCAGCAUAUUAGUCGUAUCCACGGUCUUGGUACCGUCAUGAAUAGUUCGUACUAUUGUCCCAAUUGCCGCCUCCUAUUCAAAGGGGAUAACGCAAAGGUAGUACGAGACAUCCAUGUUCGAGACAAGAAGUGCGAGAAAACAACCAAGGAGGAGACUGGGAUGCUUCUCCCAGAGGAGUAUCACAUGCUUGGGAAACUCGGCAAAGGACUUUCCAAUGAGGAGAGAUGGAAUGCUGGAUGGGGAAAGAUGUUCAACUCUCUGGUGACACCGUCGUCUCCGUACUUUGAGAGCCGAGUCGACCUGCUCCGCCGACAUGCGCCCGAGAAACUAGGAUGCGCCCUUGGGGCCCUUGGCGUCCUUGGGCUCGAUGAUCUGACCAUCAGCAGAAUUGUUGAUGAACUCUUUUCUGCCCCGAUCAUCCCGCAAAAGGUCUCACAACAGUCCUACAUGACCGGUCCAGGUGUCAAUGCGUCCCUCACCCAAGCCGCAGGCUCAGCCCAGUUCAACAACAACAACAACACCUGGUUCUUGGCCGAGUCCCAGGUAUCUCCUUCCCCUGUCCAUGUCCCAGUUGCUUCCUAUGCGCCCGGCCUUGCCCAAUACGCUGUGAUGAAUGCGCCAUUGGACCAUACCAUGGAGCAGAUGGGUCCGGGUCUUCAUCUCGAAGCCACUAAUGCCACGGGGCUUUCAUUCCCUGGCCAGGCUGGAGCCUUCUUUGAUACUUCGGGUCUGCAAUCCACUCUGCCUCUGCCACCCGAUGAAGACUUGGCCAUGUACACCGACCACGGAUACAUGAGCCAUAGCUUCCCGCCGGGAUCGAUUUGA